GAGUGUUCGUUCGGUCUUUGCUAUUCAAUAUUAUUAGAUAUAAUAUAUAUAUCUUUAGUGAAAAAUAGUUAAAUUAUUAAUAUAAAAUAUCUUUGUGCAGAUUGAUUUUAUUUUGUUUUGUAUAAACUUUUGAAUAAUAUAAAAAAAAAACUAAUCAAAAUGGUCCAACAGAGGACAUCUUUACAAAAACAAAAUCAAUUGGAAACAAGAAUACGAACAAAUGUUUUUCUUCCUCAUUUAACAAAUCUACGUCUUCUACAUUUACUAGCUGUAGCAUUUUUAAGUGCCCAUUUUGGAUUAUUUGUUAAUGCUGAAUCCAAAGAACUAUUCGACAAUGUUAACCCUCAACGAAGAGCAGAUAAUGACAAUGAUAAGUUCAUAGACGAUGUUGAUGCAUCUGACAUAAUGGAUAAAUUAAAACGUUCCUGGAAAUCAUUACAAGGAUCAUGGGGUAAACGAUCCGAUGAUCCAAAUGCUGUAGAUUAUUAUGAAAAUGAACCAGAAUGGACUUUGGUUAAGGCUAGUGAAAAUAGUCGAGAAUCUGAAUUGGAGCCUGAAACUGAAACAGAACCGGAGGCAAUGAAAUAUUUUGUUUUGUAUGCUUCUAAUCCAAAUAAUUUGGCUGAAACUAUUGGUGCAACUUCGACAAAUAAUUUACCAGUUAUGGGGGAUAAUUUGGAAGAAGAGCCAACAGCUUCAAACUUUGAAAAGAAAAGCUGGAAAAACAUGAAUGUAGCUUGGGGCAAACGACGUUCGGCAGUAUGGAAUAAAUUUAGAGGAGCUUGGGGAAAACGAGAACCUGCAUGGAAUAAUCUCAAAGGAAUGUGGGGCAAACGAUCAACAAAAGACUGGAAAAAGCUUCAAUCUGCUUGGGGAAAACGUAGUCAACAACAAAAAGACAAAUAAAUACAAACAAAAAUAUCUCCAUACCAAAUUCCCAUAGCUAAUAAAAACUAAAAUAAAAUAAUAGUACCUAUACGUUAUAAUAUAUAAAAAAAAAAAUUAAAUUAUUAUUAUUACAUUUGUUUUGUUUGAAUUUAUUAAAUAAUAUAAUGUACUGAUAACUUUUGGACUAACUAUCGUUUAAAAUGAAAAGAAAACUUAAAAAAAAAAAAC